AUGUCUCAGGAAUCCCAAAAGGCGCGCAAUGAGAUGAGUGGAAUGGACAAAGAUGAAUUAGAGCAACUCCGUAAAGUUUACGGCUGGAAAGCGUCCUACAAAACGUGGCGUAAGUCAUCCGAUGGCAGGAGUAAUGAAAGGGAACUGUUAAGUACUUUGGGGUUUUUCCCUGAUGGCGAUGCUACUAGGAAAUGUGCUAUCUUGGAUGUGGGUAUUGAGAAUAAGCAGUAUAUCCAUGAAUUUGAGGUGGAAAAUACUCAGCCUACGACAAGAAAGCACUGUAAAGACAUGGUUAUAAUGCAUGGAUAUGGGGCAGCACUUGGUCUGUUUGUUCGCAACUUUGAUGGUUUGAGCCGUGUCCCAGGCCUCAAGCUACACGCUAUCGACAUGCUGGGAUAUGGGCUGUCGUCAAGGCCUCCGUUUCCUGGAACUGGGAUGAUCUCAAGCUUCAUAAAGAGAGGAAAUAUCAGCGCGGGAGAGGUUCACGAGGCUGAGGACUUUUUUAUAGACUCUCUUGAACAGUGGAGGCAAAAAAAGCAGUUAGAAAGAUUUGUCUUGGUGGGACACUCACUGGGCGGAUAUUUAAGCUGCUGCUACGCACUUAAAUACCCAAAUCGAGUGGAAAAGCUCAUUUUAGUGAGUCCUGUAGGGGUUGAAACUUCUGUGUUUGACCUCACACGCAAACACAGUCCAACUCAUGCUCAUGCGGCCGAAUUGGGCCCUGAUGUUGCCAAAGAAGUAUCCGCUAACAAGAAAAACCCAACUACUGACAAUCCCGUGAAGACGUCAAGUUCGUUUCAUGUGCCCGACGACGCUGGAAAUGUGGAGCGCGUCCCCAAUUUGCCUCGCGUGUUUUCCUUUAUGUGGACCUGCAACAUCUCGCCGUUUGGGUUUUUGAGGUCUUUAGGGCCUGCGGGAGCCUUAGUUUCAUCAAAGUGGUCGUUUCGGCGUUUCUCGUUUAUAAAGGACCAAGAACAACUGCUCACGUUUCAUAACUAUUGUUAUAGCAUUUUCGCAGGUGCCGGUAGUGGAGAAUAUGCAUUGACACGAAUCCUGGCCCCUGGUGUAUUGGCUAGGCUGCCACUAUUGAGUAGGGCCCCUGGAAAUUUAAAAUGCGAUUCGCUUUGGAUGUAUGGUAGUCAUGAUUGGAUGAGCAAAGAGGCUGGGACUGUGAUUGCUCGCGAGAUAAACAAAAAGACCCCUGGUAUCAAAGCUGACUUUACCGUUGUCUCAGAUGCAGGUCAUCACCUCUAUCUAGAUAAUCCUCCCGAAUUCAACCGCAAGUUGGUGGACUUUCUUAAGUUGGAAUCUUGA